AUGAGUGGCGAACUACCUUACGUGGAAUUUUCCGAGUUCAUCGCCGGAGGCAUCAAUGCCGGAGAACACGUCGAUUUUGAUGACAGGGCUGAUAUCAGGUUCGAGUUAAAUGGCAAACAGAUCACCCUCUCUGUCUUUGCCAGUUCGCUAGAUGGAGAUAACGGAGGCGAAAAUGAGGGAGGACGAUUCGAGGACCAAUUCAUCCUUGACUUGGCCGAAGCUGCUGAUAUUGCGAUGGACGAUAUGGAGGAAUAUGCGCUUCUCGUCGAUGAUAUAGCCAUGUCCAUCAUGGAGAUUGGAGCCGUUCCCUUCGCCAAGAUCGCGCCGCCCUUAACGGUUCCCUACUUUCCUCCCACAGACCUACAUUCUGCCCUCUAUCCGAAAGAAUAUGACUUUCGCCUACAAACCGUCGAUGGUAAACUCGCCAUCUUUCCCAUCUCACCAGAAGAUGCGGCGUAUGUCCGUAAAGAAUACGUGCCAGAUCCCAAUUUCACCUACGGGCCCCCAGCCGGCCUUUCACUUCCCAGAUACUCAUCAAAAGACAUCAUGAUCAAGGAGGAAUACCUUGGAGGUAUUUUUAGCGCCGCAAAAGCGCGAGUUGGGUCACGUAUUCUAUUUUGCAAGGCCUUUGCAAGCGGGAUCAAUCACUCGGACCUUGAUAAAGAGGUUGAGACCCAUCACAAGAUAUACCAAGCUUGCAUCAAAGCUGGAAUCCAGCUACGAAUUCCACAGCUCAGAGGGCUCAUAGUCCAUGCCGACUCGGGGGCUGUACUUGGAUUCUUACGCGACUUUGUUGAGCCAGGAGAAUAUGGAGGCACCCUAAGCCAGAUUCGUCUGAACAACGUACCCCAGAAGCUGAGGCAGAAAUGGCUACUUCAGAUAAGUGAGACAAUGGGGUUUUUACACAGCUUUGGGCUUUUCUGGGGUGAUGGCAAGGCAGCGAAUGUGGUCAUUGAUCCGAACAACGACGCUUGGCUUAUUGACUUGGCGGGUGGAUGGACGAAUGGGUGGGUUGACAAAACGGUCACUGGGACGAUGGAGGGUGAAAACCAGGCGCUGCGGAGGAUGACGACGUAUCUGGGCUUUGCAAAUUAG